ACUUGGACAGUAAUCGCGACAUCGUGCGGUCGAGCAGUGCCGAUAUGUUCCUUAAAAUGGUGUUACAUGUCCAAUCGGAUCAGCGAACGGCGGCACCUUAUCGCGCGCGGGCGGCUUUAGCGGGGCUAGAAAAAAAAAAGAGAACGCUUCGGCACAUGCACGGCUAUCACGAAACGCUAAUUAAUUGCGGUGCAAGCCCACCAGCUUCGAGACUGCUUUGCAUUUUGCGUGCAGGCCCUCGUAAAACUACAUGCCUGUCAGCCCCGGCGAAUUUCAAGAUGAUUUAUCGUCCUCGCAAAACUAAGUUUUUCGCGGUACUUCGUGGCUUCUCGGCGGUUCCGAAAGGCACGGCCGACGCUUACAACAUGCAACUGUGGUCGCCGUGGGCACGAUCCGUAAAGUUGACGUUUCUGAUCGACUGCUAUUUUAUAUCCUCACCAUCUCAGCCAGGACUGACUUUGAAAUAUGUUUCCUUCAAUCUUUCGACGUGGGAUUUUCGGUCGGCACACGUUUCACGGUGACCCGCAUACGCUAUAAUUGCAGGGAAAUUAAGUGCCGGCUUUUACGUGACGGCGUUUAAUACGUACGGUCGAACCUAUAUUGUCACGCAAAUAAUCAUGCACACGGAAAGCUACGUUAUACAUUAAUCUUUUUGUAAUUUCGUCAAAUUAUAACAAGUAUCGAGAAACUAUACAUGGACACUGACAUCGACUAUAUUCAAAUUGGGAUUCCCUCCCUUAGUACAUUCGAUACUCAUGCAUCGUGUAAGUAUAAAGAUAUACGUGUUUCGUAUUUUCUAAGAUUCGCGGUCACUUUGAAAUCUACACAAAAGAAAUAUACACACUUUUCUCUUCUCAGAAUAACUUUUAUUCUUAUAAAGUGUAAUAUCCGAGAUACGUACACACAUCUCGCCGGCGCAUUCUUACGUCAAUAGUGUAUUCUUAAAUUUACAUGAGAUCAGCUGUAUUACAAGUGGCUAUUCUAGAACGCUAUUGUACAUAUCCCCGUAUACAAUAUGCCAUUCAAAUCUGGCUGUCCGACAGUUCGAUACGCUUUGCUUACUACAAUGUGCGCGCACGAUGCGCAGCUCGGUUUUCCUUUUCAACAUGCAAAUACUCGUACAUCGCGGGACAGACGUUUAUGUUCAACGGCGGUAACAUAAAGUGGGGUAAGAGUAAGAUUUUACAACGAGCCCCGGUAAGAGUGAUUUACACCUUGGAAAAACUGCACGACGUUUACGAUAGCUGCUCACGAAUUAUUUAUAGUGUCUGGCCGUGGCAGGGUGAACUUCGUGAGAUAUAUUUUUCUUCGUUUUCCUGAAGAGAUCGCCGACGCGUCGUGACGAAGUAGAUACCGUUGGCAUGCUUUCAUUGAGACAUACUCGGUUAUAUCCAUUAAGUUGGAGGUACAGCAGAAACCGUGUGACAAACAAAAGUGGGUCGCUGGCGUCUGAGAACAAAUCAUUCUUUGAAUAGAAUCGAAAAAGAUUGUUAAUGUAAUUUUUUUAUCUAAAAGUAUUGCAAAGGUUUUGUUUUCCAUUUAACUAUUGUUUUGAAUCUUCCUCUUCAGUAUUCUAGUGUUUUAUAAAUUUAUGCUGCUUUAAAAUCAUUUAUAGUUUUUUUCUUUAAGAUCAUAUGUGUUGUAUGUAGUGAAUAGAGUCUCUGUACAAACAAAGGAGAAGAAAUUAUAAGCAACAUAUUGGGAGCGCCUUACUUUCAAUUAAGUAACUCGUGAUUAAAAUUUGCCGCGUCCAUUCUUCACUUCUUUGGCAGACUCUUUGGCAAUCUGCGACAUUCACGCACGCGCUAAGAACUCACAAAUCCACUAUUAGGAUCUUUAGACCUUCUAUGCUCUAGUUGGCCGACAUAAGGCGUAUUUAAAUAAAAUUACUCGUUUCUAACGUGCAAGUAUGCGAGAAGCCGCUGAGCUCAGUGGUUCGGUGUGAAGUGGUUCGAAGUGUCAAUAUGUCAGACGAUAUAACGCCAAAAACUCUGUACGUCGGCAACUUGGAUCAUGUAGUGUGCGAAGACUUAUUGUGUGCUCUGUUCUCUCACAUUGGCACCGUUACGAGUUGCAAGAUCAUCAGAGAGCCUAGAAACGAUCCCUAUGCGUUCGUGGAGUUCGCGGACCACGCGGCAGCUUCCGCGGCGCUAACGGCUCUCAAUCAGCGUCUCUUCCUAGAGAAGUUGUUGCAACUUGAGUGGGCUCUGCUGAUGGAUGAUGAGAAACGGCGAGAUGUCAGCCGGCGGAAGAAGAGCGGAGAAAUGAGAGAGGGAUCAAGAUGA